AUGACAACACUGGAAUAUUCAUCUAAAGAACCGCCAAAGUACAGCCAACAAGACACUGGAACAAACAGAGAACGAGAAGAACAAGAACAACUCCCAGCAUAUACGAACAGACCAAAUACACCACCAAGAACUUCAGCUUCUUCUGUAUCCGAUCAAGAAUCAGAUAUAGUACUGAACUACCCCGAAAAUAGACCCAAACGUAAUGAAUGCAAUAUAUGUUGUCAAGACCUAUUUUGUGGUGGAUGUUUUGGUUGUUGUACGGGACCGUCAAAUAUGCCUGCAAGUGACCGCAAUCUAAUGGGCAGUAUAUUGGUUGUGCUAUGCUGUGGUGCUGGUGUUGAAGCUGGUGUUAGUUAG